CGCAAACUACAAUUCCACCAAUCACUACAUAGGAGCAUUUUAAUCGCAUAUGCAACAUGUCGCGAUCGUCUUGAUUAGAUUAGGGAAUGCUCAUUUACAAUAACUUUGUUUAACAAUUGAUCUUAUUGUACUGGCAACAAUUGCAAAUUAUUGUGCCUUUCUUGUUUAUGUGCUACGCUGUUCGUUGACAUGAGGCGACGAAACGUCGUGAAAAUAAAACUAAGUGCAGUGAUGAAAAGCUGGACAUAACCCUGUAACAAUGAGAUGGAUGCCCUAUUUCUAAAUCCAAAUACAUACAUUCUCUUUAUCUUAAUCAAGGCUGUAUUAUAAUACGAUAGAGGAAGAGUGACAAAGAGCGAGAGAGCGAGAGAGCGAGAGAGCGAAAGAGCGAGAGAAAGAGAGAAAAAAAGUAAACGUGCGCGGUGUUUUUCGAAUUAUUUCGAAACUGUGAUCAAUAUGGGAUUACUAUUCGCCAAGUUGUGGAGUCUUUUUGGUAAUGAAGAGCAUAAAAUAGUUAUGGUUGGAUUGGACAAUGCUGGUAAAACAACCAUAUUGUAUCAAUUUCUGAUGAACGAAGUUGUUCAUACAUCACCUACUAUUGGCUCAAACGUUGAAGAAGUAGUAUGGAAGAAUAUUCAUUUUAUAAUGUGGGAUCUAGGAGGACAGCAGAGCUUAAGGGCAGCUUGGUCCACUUAUUACACAAAUACAGAAUUUAUAAUAAUGGUUAUAGAUAGCACUGAUAGAGAAAGACUCGGUGUAAUAAGAGAAGAAUUAUAUUCUAUGUUAAAUCACGAGGAACUUAGCAAAGCUAAUGUUUUAGUUUAUGCUAAUAAACAGGAUUUGAAGGGUAGCAUGACAGCUGCUGAAAUUUCCAGACAACUAGAUUUAACGUCCAUCAAGAAACACCAAUGGCACAUACAAAGCUGUUGCGCUCUCACGGGAGAAGGACUCUACCAAGGAUUGGAAUGGAUCGUCGGACGUCUUAAGAAGACAUGACGUAUGAGUUAUGAGAGUUUGUCAUAAGUUCAAGAAAAUAAUAAAACUGUAUAAUAUGUGAUUAGCGCGAGUUAGCACGAUUGCUACUUUGAUGGUCGUACAUAAUGGAAAAAUAAUUCUUUCACGUUUAAAGAUAUUUACGUUACUCUUUGUAGUACGACGAUCAAAGUAUAACUGCAUAUACGGAGACAAUUACUAUAGUAAAUGUUUAAUGUAUUUUUGAGAGUGGACGGGCAAGAAAUUUAUUUUCAUUUUUCAUAAAGUAAUAAUACACGCGCGAAAUAAUUGUCAAGAUAUUACGAUGAAUUAACAAUAAGCAUUAAAGUCCAAGUUAAAGAAGAAGAGUAAGGCUAAAAGAUUGUUGUCAUACAUCACAUAGAAAAUAAUAUUUCUCUGUAUUAUAUAAAGUUACAUUAUAGUUUGAUUAUUUCUAAUAGAAUAUGUUAAAUACGCGUUGUUUUUACCUUUAAGUAAUAUGCAUUUUCAACAGUGAUAACUGCCAAGUUUUAUUUCUCGUUCGCGCACAUGUUUCAUAUGUCAUCUCAUUUUUGCAUGUAUAAAAAAAAAAAAAAACAAAAAAAAAAAACAAAGAA